AUGUGCCUGAUCGGGAUGAUGGCCCUAGCCGCAGUCUGCCUCGCCGAGACCGACCUCUGGAAGAUGCUGAGCCGCGUCUUCUACAGCACGCCGCACCUGUACGUGUCCCGCACGCCCCUGCAUUGCCUCCUCUCCACAGAACAGGAGCGAAAACUCAGGCGUCAGCUGCCUUCCAAGACGCUCGCGUGCGAAGACACGCUGUACGUGAGCCACCUGCGGCAGGAGGCUGGGCCGUACGCGCCAUUGCACGACGUCACCCUGUGCCUGCACCGGCGCGAGGUCGUGUCCGUCCUGGGCCCCACGGGCUGCGGCAAGUCGCUCCUGCUCGAGGUGUUGGCCGGUCGGCAGCUCGUCACCGACGGAAACGCCUACCUGCUCGGGCUCAACCUUUUCAUGCACACCAACCAGUUUGUGCGUCAGCUCGGCUACAUGCCCCAGGAAUUGGGAAAGCUCUCCUGGAUGACGGGACGGCAGCUCAUGCAGCACAUGGCCAGGAUGCGCCGGAUUCCUGCAGCUGUCAUCUAUAACGUCGUGAACCAGGUCAUGUACAUGCUGGAUCUUUUCGACGAUGCCGACAAGCCCAUCGGACAUUUCAGCUCGGGGGCCCUACGCAAGCUGUCGAUGUCCUUGGCAGUCUUGGGAGCCCCACAGGUGCUGCUGCUCGACAAUCCGACCCAGCAUCUGGACCCCGUGUCGAGAAAGCGCUUGUGGCACACCAUCAUCACCUUCGUAAAGAAGACGCACGCAUCUGUGCUCAUCGCCACAGACGACAUCGAGGAGGCCGAGGCCAUCGGAAAGCGCACCAUGUUCCUGCACCGUGGUCGCGUGCGACCCUCGACGCUGUACGAGACGCGCCACGCCGAGACGGGGUACGAGCUCACGUUCUCGCUGGCGGGGCUGGAGGGCCUGGCUGACGCCGCCGAGCAGGCGAUCGCCGACGAGAUGGAGGGGCUCUUCCCUGAACGGGACAUUUUUGAAACGAGGCUACAGACUCGCGUGAGGUUCCGCGUCACGGACGACAAGGUGGACUGGGAGCGGAUCAUGCUGUGCCUGGAGGAGCUGCGCCGCCAGCUGGGCAUCGUCGAGGAGUACGUGCGCGUGACCACCACCCUGCAGCACGCCUACUACCGCUGCCUGCUGUCCCAGCCGACCCCGACGCCGUCGCUGGCCCUGUCGCCCGGCGCGUCGGGCGCGCCCUUCGUGGCCCCCGCCGACGCUCAACAGCUGCCCGACAUGUACCGGGCCGAAAAGCCGCGCUCUGCCUUUCCCCAGGCCGCCGCCUACGGGAGCCCAUCCUCAUACGUCCACUCUCCGCCUCCCCCAAAACACCCCAUUUCCCAAUAA